AUGCCACAAAUAUACAAGAAUUACCAAAUUCAGUCCACAGCUGGGCUAAGCAUAUACUUCCUUACUGAAUGGCUGCUGGGCGACCUGACCAACCUCUUGGGUGCAAUAUUUACAAAACAGGCUACGUGGCAGAUCAUAAUAGCGACCUACUACACAUUCGUCGAUUUCUUCUGGUAUACACAUCUGAAGCCAAGAUGGGUGGGAAGCAGUCUGCAUUCGGGAAACUCCAGUGACAUAGACGAUGGUGACAGCGAUGUCAUUAAUGCCCUAAGUCCAAUCAAUACGGAGUUUCCAGAUGGUUUAGCGUCUCGAACUGAGAUGCAACAGUCGUCCAGACAAGAGAGUAGUUCAAAAUCGGCUUUGGACGAAAGUGAACCACCACUCUUCACUCCUGUCGAUUACGAGGGUAGGUCUCCAAUCCCUGAGAAAAGACCCAAGCGUACCAGCUGGGACUGGACAGGCCUGGCUUCACCCAAAACUCUGGCAGGAGGGGCAAUUGCGUCUCUAGCAACUCCAGCCAGGGCGGCACCUCUACCAGCCUUGCUGGCUCUCAGGCUUGUGCCAGUCCAUACUCAUCAAGCAACAACUUCUGUCGAAUUGGCUGGGACGAUUUUGUCCUGGUGUUCGACAUUGCUUUAUCUCGGCUCUCGUCUUCCACAGCUGUACAAGAAUUGGUCGAGAAAAUCUACUGCUGGCCUCUCGCCUCUCCUGUUCCUGGCUGCCUUCUGCGGAAAUUUCUUCUACUCGACCUCCAUCCUGACCAAUCCGAAUGCUUGGAGCGAUUUUGGACCUUAUGGAGGCCACGGUUGGGCUGAUGACAAGGGCUCGGAUCGCGUAGACUGGAUACUCCGCGCCAUGCCAUUCUUCCUCGGUGCCGCCGGGGUACUGGUUAUGGAUGGCAUGAUGGGUGUUCAAUUCCUGCUGUACAGCGAGCGAGAAGAGGAGAUGGUCAAAGUUCGUGACAGUCGCGGUUAUAGCCGGUGGGAGAAAGUCAACGGCUGGAUGCGAGGCUGGAUACCGAGGAUGACGACAAAGUCCAGGGUCGUUGAUCUUGCAGAGUCUCAGAGGUUGCUUGCUGAAAGCAGAGAGAUAGAGCGAUUCCAUCAACGAUAUGAUGGUGUGUCGACCUAG